UUUAGAACAGUUGCAAAUCAAUUAAUAUUAGGAGAAGGUGUUGCAGCUGAAGCUUACGACAACGUAACAAUAUAUUUUAGCGAUAUUGUUGGUUUUACUGCACUUUCUGCACAGAGUACACCAAUGCAGGUUGUUGACUUUCUCAACGAUCUUUAUACUUGUUUUGAUUCGAUUAUAGAGAAUUAUGAUGUAUAUAAGGUAGAAACAAUAGGAGAUGCUUAUAUGGUAGUUUCUGGCCUUCCAACGAAGAAUGGAAACAAACAUGUUCGUGAAAUUGCCAGGAUGUCCUUAGCUUUAUUGAAUACAGUGAAAACCUUUCCUAUAAAACAUAUACCAGAAGAAAAAUUAAAACUAAGAAUUGGAAUUCAUACAGGUCCUUGUGCUGCUGGAAUUGUUGGAUUAAAAAUGCCAAGGUAUUGUUUAUUUGGUGACACGGUCAAUACAGCAUCCAGAAUGGAAUCAACAGGCUUACGUGAGUUUUAUAAACAGAAAUAA